AUGAUUUUACAGCCUGAAAACACAGAGUGAGUGCAGGUACCAAAGCACAAACCUGAAUCCCUUUACUCUCUAAGAACUAAAUAGAGACCGGAGCCAGCUGUUUGUGCAGAGAACGAGGUUAAAGUAAGAUGUUUGAGCGUUUGUGUUCUCCUCUGUGGGACUGAUGGUAUUAUCUAACAAGACUUGAACAACUUUAAAAGUAAAAGUCUUCAGUACUUGGAAAAUAUUAGGGGUACACCCUGGACAGGUUACCAGUCCAUCACAGCAGGGCUGACAUUCAGAGACGAGGUGUGAUUGCUGUAGAUCCAACAUCAGUUUGAAGCUCCCUUUUCUGACUAAACAACAAAAUAAAACCAGAAAAUGAUGCUGUAUUUUUCAAGGAGUAUAAAGUAAUAAACAGAUUACACACACACAGGGGAGAAAUGCAGAGAGCCAAAUCCAGGACUGUCCUCUGCAAACCCUCCUUAUCAGUGUCUGAGUUUAAAGCUGGAGGUGGUUUAACUCCCAGGAAUUAGGAUUUAUUUUGGAACCAUGAAAAUAAGUCAGAGGGAGUGGUUUGGAAAAGGACAAAGUCAGAUAGAGGAGUUUGAAGGAGUAAAUGAAUGAAGAAGUCCUGGUCCUGGAGCUGCCUUACUUAUGAAACAGAAAUUUUAGACUUCUGCUUCAUGUUUGGUGUUGGUUCAGGACCUCCUGUGGUCCAUGAAAGCACAUGAAGACAAGUCCAUGAACGCUGAUGAGGUGAACUCCUACCUCUCCUCUCAUACCACCUGAAAAUGGGGGUAAAGGCCUAAUCUACCUGGGGUUUCUACUCACUCUUACUGCUGUUGUUUGUCUCUUCUCUCCUCUCAUACCUCUAAAACCAAGGGUCCUGGUUCAGACGAUCCUUCUUGGUUAGGAGGGUUCCCAACCCAGUGAAACGGUCUGGGAGUCUCUGAGUGACGACCAUGAGAAGAGCUGUUCAAAUCCUCUAAAUGUAGAGCUAACCCUAACCCUAAAGGAGCUCCCUGUAUCACCUCCUUUAGGACACACUGGACUAUCAGUUGGGAAAGGAGAGAAGGAAAACUCCCCAUAAUUCUCCCAUGCGCCAACUAUAGUUUUGGUGUUCGGACUCAAUGGGGUGAUUUGUGAUAUCGUAGGAAGCUUGAUCUGUGCGGUGGCAGGAAAAUCCCCCCGAUGGAGUCCUGAAGCUAGUGGUGGUGGCUGAUGACUACUGGGACUGGAUGGAUGAGUGAUGGCUCUGUUGAUUCUGUUGAGAUCGGUUGGAGACCGGGAGGUGGAGGGUGCUGCGCUCAAACCAGCGGCGAGAAAGAACUAGAGGCAGAGAAGAGAGUCGUUUUAAAACUGCGUAACGGGGACAGGCUGACUGUGAGUGUCUGUUACCAUGCUAUUGGAUAAGGGAAGACACCAAUUAACCAAUGGCUGCUCUGAGUGAUGGCAGCGGGGAGAGUGAGUAGGCGUGGAAAGACACUGACAGCUGUGACGGCAGUUAUAGUGUUCCUGACUGAACUUACGCUGGAGCUUCAUCUUAAGUGAUCAACAUAAAAGCAGCAAAUUUGAUGAAUUAAACGACUAUUUUAAACUAACAGAACUUAAAGAGGGAGAGCUGAUCUCUGUCUCCAGGAUGAACCACGCUCACAGUCUCGCUCAUGAAUCACUGCUGCUCAGUUCACAGUUAACCGUCGAGUCAUGCACACGCAAAACUAACGCUGAAGAUAUUCCCUCGUAGUCAUGAUUUCACAAAACUGCAGGAGGAGUCACUCACAGGAAACUCUCCAACAGUCAGACACAGAGCUGCAGCUCUGCAACGACAGCGAUGAACUAACUUCAUCCUGUUUCAUGUCUCUCUCUCUGUUUGGGGAGGGACCCUGCAGCACUUCAGGCCUGAUGGGAGAUGUAGAUCAGUGGGUAAGCGGAUGUAAAUUUGCUCCAGAGGAGAGGCUACUGAAUCCAACAGCAUCAAUUAUUCAACACGUAAGAAUUAAAGAGCGGCAUGCCUCGCUCCCCAUUUCAAGUUUUUAGGAGGAGUGAAAUAUUCAUGCAGAUAAGACGAGGUCACAGCAGAGGUAAAUGUGUGAGUUUACUGUGGGGCGAAAACUCUAAUCAAGCGUGUAAAAAGCAUCAAAUCAAACAUGGACGUCUGGAUGAGGCUGAUAAAGAAAAAAAAAGUCUCCUGGAGGUUUUCUGCAGGUGGAGUUUUUUUUUCUCUCUCUCUAAGCUCCUUCACUGACUCAGCAAUAUUUCCUUCCUGUUUUCUGACGAUUCAGUCAAACUGGGCGGUGGGUUUGAGUCCCCAUGGAGGUGAAACUCAUCUGUGAAAUCUUCAGUAACUUUCUGAACCAAGAAAGAGCGGGAAAUCUUCAAUUCACAUGAAAAUAUAGAAACUUACUGACACUUAAUGACCUCAGACUAAAUAGAUGAUUACUCCUUCUGCUAAGUCUAUCCGGUCUAUUGCUACGUUCCAGUAGCCUUGGAAGUAGACAGUGUUCCAGCAAACAAGUCGGAAAACCUAAAAGGACGCCUACUGUUAGCCAUUGUUAGCUAUUGUUAACAAUUGUCAGUUAUUGUUAGCCUUUGUCAGUUGUCAUUAUUAGCCAUUGUUAGCUAUUGUCAGUUGUUGUUAGCUGUUUUUAGUUGUUGUUAAGCGUUGUUAGCUGUUAUCAGUUAUUGUUAGCCGUUGCCAGUUGUUGUUAGCCGUUGUUAGCUGUUUUCAGUUGUUGUUAGCCAUUGUCAGUUGUUGUUAGCAGUUGUUAGUAGUUGUCAGCUGUUGUUGUUAGCUGUUUUCAGUUGUUGUUAGUCCUUGUCAGUUGUUGUUAGGGGUUGUCAGUUGUUGUUAGCCAUUGUCAGUUGUUGUUUGCCAUUGUUAGCUGUUUUCAGUUGUUGUUAGCUGUUGUUAGUUGUUGUCAGCUGUUGUUGUUAGCUGUUGUCAGUGGUUGUUAGCUUUUGUUAGUUGUUGUCAGCUGUUGUUGUUAGCUGUUUUCAGUUGGUGUUAGCUGUUGUCAGUUGUUGUUAGCUUUUGUUAGUUGUUGUUAGCAGUUGUUAGCCAUUGUCAGCUGUUGUCAGUUGUUGUUAGCUUUUGUUAGUUGUUGUUAGCAGUUGUUAGCAAUUGUCAGCUGUUGUUUGUUGUUGUCAGCUGUUUUCAGUUGUUGUUAGCCAUUGUUAGCUGUUGUUAGUUGUUGUUAGCAGUUGUUUGCCUUCGUCAGUUGUUGUUAGUUGUUGUUAGCUAUACCAGUUGUAAACAGCGCAUAAUACAGUAUUUUACUCUUUCAAACACUAUAACACCGUGUUCACAGUUAGACGUUGGGCAGUACAACAUAAACCACUUAUUUAAUUUCACAAAAACAAAACAGAAAUGCUAAUAAAUAAAACAUUACGAGAGCUUUUACUGUUAAUCUCUACCGUUGAUGCACUGCGCUGCUAUCUUGGAUCAUGACGCUGUCGUCAAGUCAGGGUUGGUGAGGAUCGUACGACUUUCCGGGUCAGAAAUUCGACUUCAGGGGGGCGUUCCAGAUUAAUUUCCAACACAGAGCUUGAAAACUCUGACUUCCAGUACAACUGGACUGCAGCAUAUGAUCAGAGCUCCUGAGAGGGCCCCUCAAAAUCUACAGGAGCUUCUUUAAAUCAUGAUUUUAACGUCUUGAGUCUCUCUUCUCCAAACUGUGAAUCAGUGAUCUGAAAGGAGCAGGAAAGCCUGCGUCCCUCUGGAUCCGCUGUGUUUGAAGUUAUUAUGCAAAACACCAAACUCCACAGAUUAGCGCUCGGCAGCAGGACUGAUGUAAUUACAAAAUCUUUCAUAAUGAGGAAUUGUCAAAUUUCAAAAACCUCUGUGUUUAUUAUUUUUUUUCACAGUUAUUCAAAGUUGUGAUUGACAAACGAGCUUUUGAGAUUAUUUCAAUCCAGCUGCUGUGAAGCCGUCCUCCAGGAUUCAUUAACUUUUACCACUCUAUAACUCUGAGUUACGGGCAGCAGAGCAGGAUGCAGAGAGUCUUUAAUCACAUUUUUACACCAGAACAAUUCCAAUAAUGAGCCAUUUUUCUCUCUUAGCACAGCUCGACGCCUGAAGUACCAUCAUUAAGAUCCUGUAUGAGGUGAAUCACUUCCAUCUUUCACGUGAGAUCGCUCGGACAAACACACUCCGGGUGUUAUCAGACUGAGGGGAGCUUUACUGACAUAUACACACAUCAUCUUAAUUAAACAGCUAAACAAAUACGUCACCUUGUGCAUGUGCUUAAAACACACCUCCAUCUGUUUUAGCAUAAACUUGACUCAGCUGCUUUCAAGCUCUGUUACUAAAGGUUUUUUUUUCGCAUGAAAAAGCUUCUUAAGUCCUGUCCUCUUCAACUCUGGGAAGCAUGUAACCUGUUUCACACCGUGUAUAUUAAACCCCUUUUCUCUGCAGCUCUUAAUUGUCUGACACCGAGGGGACUCAACCGACCCUGUGUGUCCAGAAGCUGUCGAACAUGUCGUCACACACCCACUCACACCCGACACAUGGCUCCAUAAUGAUCCCUCACCUCGAUCUUGUUAUAUCUGCACCUCUGAUCAUAAAGACCAGGCUUGUUUCAUCUCGGGGCCUUCACGGAGCUCACCGAUCAGUAAUAACUCUCAGAGGACGGGCCAUCACGCCACAGGACACCACGGGAGAUCAGCUGAGAGUGCUAACAGUCAACGCUUGGCUGUAAACCGUCAUUACACCGGUGUGGUCUGCUGAGCCCAGAGUCUGUCUCCAAGUCCAACUGAAUGGAUGAGUGACUCACCUACAGCUGCUGCAGCUUUAGAUGGAGUAAGAUAAUGAAUGUGAAGAGCAAAGUCAGAGUUUUACAGCUGUCUACAACGAUAAAGUGGAAAUGCAUUUCAUUCGUUCUCUCUUCAAACCGAUAUGACGUCUCCUGAAGCCUCAUAACGCUUUCUGCUACAUCCACUAGAGGGAGAGGUGACACCAGAGAAGGAAAGUGGAAAGUUUCUGAAACAAACCAAACUGCAACUUACUGCCUUGAGAAAUUGAUAUAGAAAAAAACUGCAGUUCUUUGAGCGGCCACAUGGGGGCUGGUCCCAAAAGCACCACAAGUCACAUACACACUCAUUCAAAACAGGCCAAGUUUACCUUAAAAUGAGUGUGCUUACGGUCUGAUUCAGAUAAAGGGAGUUAGUCUGAAGGAAUUAAGGUUACAAGUUUUUCAUGACUUUUGAGCUUGAAAAUGUCUCAACUUGAGCGGAUAUUCGUGUCGCGAUAACUAAGCAGCAAAUAGUUGGUGGGUGAUGUAUGAAAACAGACGGGUGUUCACUGGUAUCUAAAAUGGAGGACAAACUGAUCAUGUUGGUGUGUGGGUGCUCCGAAUUAUAUGAUACCUUUUCUUUCAAUUACCAGAACUGGAAUAAAAAGAAGCUCACCUGGAGGCAGUGAGUGAAGAGGUCGAAUUACCUGGUAAAUUGUAAAAAAAAAACAACCUUUGUCUAUCACUUGAUCCUGCCGGUUGAAGCGAGGAAAUACUUUUCAUUCAGAUGUCUAGACUUGCGCGAAUGAAGCGAGAAGAUGGAUUUACUUGCGCUUGGUCGCCAAGUAGCUUUAGCACUAUGACCUGCAAGGCCAACUGAAAUCCACUGAUGAUAAAGAUUUCCACUCAGCGCCCCCCACAGGCCUGGAGGACUGGAAUCAUUUGAUGCUGGUAUCUGUAUUUCCAUCUGCUUUCUGUUUGUGUGUUUUUGCGUUGAAUUGCUGGUGCAUUUGCAGAGCUUUUGCUAUUCAUCAAGGUUAUUUAUUGCAUGCUACUACCCCCUAUAGCAGUCUAAACCUAUAGCAGCAUUACUAAGAGCUGACCCAGUUCACCCAGUUAUGAGACAGCAGAGAAACGCCCACUCUAAAAUAAGGCCCCUAUCCAAAACAUACUCCUUCUUUACAGCUGCCUGGUUUUAUUUCUCUUUAGGAUGACAGCAUUUGGAGUUUUUAAAGCAACACCUCCAGCUUGUUAGUUCUUGCUGCGCUCCCUCAGAGGCCGUCACUCAUUAAACCGCAGAUUAGAAUAAAUCAGAGCAGCGGUGGCGUGAAGGAAACCGCUUGCCUCCUGUUUCUGACGGGCAGCAAGAGACUGAUGCAGUUUGUAGAGGAAACUGAGGCGCCAUGACGGUCCAUCAGUUUUCCCAGAGAGAGGAUAUAACAGGGUUUACAAACAGCUUCAUCUCAUCACUUCACGCCAUAAAUUCAAGAAGCAAAUCUCGAUGAUGGUAUUUCAUCAGUCUGUGUGCUCACAACAGGUAGUGGGAUGCUGCAGUCCUGUAUACUGGAUAGUAUUAAUGGUUUUAGAUGAGUAAUGAGCAGAUAAUUGGACAAACAAACAGAUAUUUAAUUAACCUCACAGUCAUUUACACAAAACAAGACUAGAUCUGCUUUUUCCAAAGACUUAGCUUUAUUUUUUUACUAUGAUAGAUUACAGAGAUCUUUUAAAGGGUGUCAUGAUGCCAGCAAUAUUUUAUACCUGCUGAAUGUUAGUGAAGGUUUUCCUCUUAUAGGUUUCUGGUGUUUUAGACCCUUCUUCUCAUCAUCUCAUCUUUAUCUGAAAGUUCACUAAACUUCAAAGACAAACUCUGAAAAUGUUUGGGUUUCUCCACCAAUCUACAGAAAUCCCCACAGUUGAAGUCGACUGUCGCUAACUUGUUAGUUGACUGUGACUGAAUGUUGUAGAACAACCAGGAAAUGACCCAACAAGCUACAGGGAAAACAUUGUAUCCUACUUUAGAAGAGGCAAACAUGCAUUAAUAUGUCUAUUCUUACGAUUGAUUACAAACUGGGACAAGGAGACAUCCAUCCAUCCAUCCAUCUAUCUAUCUAUAAUCCAUCCAUCCAUCCAUCCAUCCAUCCAUCUAUCUAUAAUCUAUCCAUCAUCCAUCCAUCCAUCUAAAAUCCAUCCAUUCAUCCAUCCAUCCAUCCAUCCAACCAUCCAUCCAUCCAUCAAUCUAUCAUCAAUCCAUUCAUCUAUCCUUUCAUAUAUCCGCCCAAACAUCUUUCAUCCAUCCAUCCAUCUAUCCACCCAUCCAUCUAUCCUUCCAUCCUUCCAUAAACCCAUCCAUCUAUCAUUCAUUCAUCCAUCCAUCCAUCUAUCAUCAAUCCAUCCAUUCAUCCAUCCUUCCAUCCAUCAAUCUAUCCAUAAUCCAUCCAUCUAUUUAUCUAUAAUCCAUCCAUCCAUCCAUCCAUCUAUCCUUCCAUCCAUACACCCAUCCAUUCAUUCACCCAUCCAUCCAUCCAUCCAUCCAUCUAUCAUUCAUCCAUUCAUUCACCCAUCCAUCCAUCCAUCCAUCCAUCCAUCCAUUCAUUCAUCCAUCCAUCCUUCCUUUUAUCCAUCCAUCCAUCCACCCAUCCAUCUAUCAUCCAUCCAUCACUGAUCCAUUCAUCCAGACCUUCCACUCCCCUACAGCACUGUCCAGCUCCUCCCCCUUCAGGAACCAGAGGCGUUCCCAGUCCUGGGGUGUGUGUGACCUUAUAUGGCCUUUUCAGUGUGUGCCCGACUUCAGAGCCUGAACCCAAGAACAUGUCAGAUCAGGACAUCGAAAAUACUCAAGAUCUUGAAUCUCUGUUCUGCACAUCAGAUCAAUUAUUUAUUGAAACUGUUCCCUGAUUAUUGAUCAUUAGACGUCCUGUGAAUGUUCAUCCCAUCAAACUCCAGGAUUAAUAUUCUCCUGUCAUCCUCUCAGUCUGACUGAUUGGCUCUGAAAUCUCCCCCGAUGUCUCGUGUCUGUAAUGAUCCACACGUUCAUUCCUCAGUGUUUUGCUGCUAUCAACAUGCUCCCUCACAUUACGCCUGAUCAAGAAAAUGAUCCGCUCUUUCUCACACUAUCAGCCCGCGGCAAUUAACUCCAUAAAAUGUUAUUUGCACUUUCUAUUUCAACUUAGGUAUUAAUUUUGCAAUCAAUUAGCCUAAGUUCAGUUUCCCAGACUCAUUUUCCUGAUGGAUGUCAGUCGUGACAGAGAACUAAAUUAGAACUUUUCAGUCUGAGUUUCUGAAACAAGUUUUAAUACAAGUUAUAAUAAGUUAGACUUGAAGCUUUGGAAAGUACAUUGAAAUGAUUUAUUCUUGUUCAGUGUGUAAUCUGUGCUGAACUAUUACACGUCAUAAACUCCUUUAAGAUUAAACUAAGAAUUAACUGGAUUAAAGGAGAAAUACAGGAAAGAUUGGAUCAGCCAGAAAACAGACAAGACCAAAGGAGUCUGGGUCGUGGUUCGGUAUUUGAGGGAGGAAAAAAGGUGUUAAUCAGCUCAGUUAAAAGCCCUGACUUUGUUUCGAUUUCCUGACUUAAUGAAGGGGUAUUAUGCUUUUUUUUUCAGACUCUAUACUUCCUCUCUGAUUCCUCUUUUAUAGUUUUACAUGAUUUUCAGAUCAAAAAAAGCCUCACAUCUCUUGCUUUGGUGUAUUUAGAUAUAAUUAUUUUAACCUCCAUUAAAAGCGCUUUGUUUUAGCUGCUGUCUCUUUAAGCCUCCAGCUGAAAGUCUGCAAAGCAAACUGCAUCAUUCUUUCCCUCCAUGCAUAGAAUGGACGAUUAAAGCAACUGUAGCUGCUUACACUUUUAUUUAAUUAUUUAACAUAGAACGUAGCAGAAAUCAGUCAGCUCGGCUGCACUGCACUGGUGUCACACUCAAAUCGGUCUGUUUGGGACCACAUACCAAACAUAACAAUCCUAUUGUUACACAAACCUCUCAUUAUGUCCUUAAGUGCAGCGCCCGUUCAUUUGUUUCUGAUGAGUCUCAGCUUUGCUGUAAAACUGAGGUUACACUUGGGCUUCAUGCUGGCUUCCUUAAGCAGAAUGAAACAAACAAAAACCUUCUUUCUUGUAAUCUACUUGAAAUGAACGGGUGUAAAAUUUGCCAGAACAUCAUAAUUCACAAAACGACUCCCUGUUUUUCUUAAAGCUACAGUCCAAUUCGCAGCUUUAGAAGGGACCAUAUGUGCAGAUCAAAAGUUAAGACAAAGUCAACCCCUCAGAUAUGUCUCAAAAUUAAUGCUAUCAUAUUUUUUUAUCGCUCAUUUGUUUCUGGUGGGUCUCAGAUUCGCUGUAAAUCAAACAGAAGCUUCACUCUGGCUGAAUUCAGUGGUACAAACUUCAUAAAUGUUGUUUGAUUUACAAUUUGCAGAAGUUUUAAAGUAAAAGUUCAGACUUUGGAGGAGAAAGAAACUUUAAAUAUUUGUGUGCAGUGAUAGUUUCAUGUUGCCGUUUUCUCUAAGAUAUACUUUUAUAGGUGAAAUAUGGAUCAGUCCAGUUUCCAGGAUGAAUCCCGUUGACAUGAACCGGAGCAGCUUUAACACCAGGCUGCUGUCAGAUGAAGAAAGAGCGGAGAGCAGAGAGUGGAGGUUUCAGGUUGUGUUUCUGUCAGGAUCGCAGGAUACCACACCCCCAGCUCUCCGUCUGCAGGAACAUCAUAUAACACCUGCUCUCCUCAGGGCCCAGACUCACACAGAUGAUGGAGCUCAUCUGUGCCUGGACAGGAGGAGUAAAUCAGCUCCUCUUCCUCCUCCUCUCCCUCCUCCAUCCCCUGAGGCUGUUGGGAGUUUGGUGUCAGGAUUUAUGGAUGUAUUUUACUGUCAUCUGUGUUAUUUCGAGGAGAGUUGGACCUAA